GAAGAAGAAUGCAAACAAUACACGCAUGACGAAGAGAAAGAGCGGAUCAGUCUCCAAAGUAGCGUUCCUAGAAGCCAGGAUCCAAUGGCAAGAAAAAAUAAUAAAGGAUCUUGAGCAAGAGUGCAAUUUCUUGCGUGAGCAAAUCAUGGGAAAGAAGAAAUCAUCUCAACCAAAAGUAUUUACUUUGGAGGACGACGACGAGGAUGACGAUGGCAACAUGGAUGAAGAUGACGCCAGAGAAUGAAUAAUACAGCUUCUGUCAAAUUUAAAGAUGAUGGAUGGUGACCUUUGACCUACUUCGGAGCUACGGAGCACUUUUAUCUGUAUCAUGUUUUUCUCUGAAUCAGUUAAUCUAAUCUUCUUAAUUUCUUCUUAAUCGUUUGGGUAUCUGCAUCACUCUUUCCUCUUGGGGUGAACACCGAGGUGAAUGUUUUUUUUUUUUAUUGAAAGAUAGAUACAAUAAAAUAAAAAAUAAAUCACAGUCAUAUUAACUUAAAUGUUUCUAGUAAAGAAAAUAAUGUAAGGGCUUUCUUUAACAAGACUGAGGGACUUGAGAGUUUUAGCUCAUUCCUCCAAUGAGUCUUAAAAUAUCUGCAUUUGUGAAUGAAGAACUUUCCCAGUAACACACCGGGGUGAAUGUUGUGGGAGCCAGGAUGUAGUGAGGGGGGAAUGAGACGCGCCAGACACAAUAUCACGAUACGGUGAUGUAGUUAAAAUAAAUCCUCACCAUCUUCUUUUUUCCCUUUCUCUCAAACACACACACACACACACACACACACACACAGCAAUUAAAUAUUCCGUUUAUUUAAACUCUUUUUGUUUGUGACAUAAAAAAACCACGUUAAUUAUAUUAGUUACAGAGGGUGAAAAGAUGAGAUCUAACGAAAAGUACAAAGUGUGAAAGUGCAAGCGAUUCUCACCCAACAAUCACCUCCACACACGCACACGCGCACACACACACACACCCCAUAUGCUAAGGCGAUUUGGAGAAACUGACGCAAAGUGAAUAGUGUGUGUGUGUGUGUGACCAUCAUGGAGUGAGCUUUUAAGCACAUAGGCCUAUUACAAUCAAUAAAGUAUAGGUUACCAUUCGUACGUUUUUCUUUAAAUACAGCUUUUUCCACAACUUGUUAGUUACUCACACCAAAGAGCACAUUUACAGGAACACCGAGACCUAUCAUGGACCUUGACAUCAUCAAUCUAACGGACGAAGGUUAUCUCAUGAGCCCAGAGUAUAACAACCUGUCCUACUUCACGGUCAAUAAUCUGGAAGAGUUGAGUGAAAUCAUUCGUCAAGCAGAGGCCGAAGAAACUAAGCACUCUGCUCCGGCACCGAUUCCCUCAACAGCCGACGUGGUUAAAAGAGCUGACCCGGUCCAACCAUCAUCUCAGACCGCUCCGGAGCAUGCGAAGGACGGUACACGUCCUCCUGUACAAACGCUACAUUCUUCUGCACCCGGGAGGAAGAGGUGGCGGACGCCCAGCAGCAGCGCCAGCAGCUCCAGCAGCACCAGCAGCAACGACAGCGACGGUCGACCGAGUGUUUCUCGCAACGCUUGUAUAACCGCAAAAACACCCAGAAAAUGUACGCAUAGUUUCAAAUGUGCAACCUGUCAGAGGGAGAGACAAGAAAUACAUCUUCUUGUUGGUACUAUGCUAAGGACCAUGAGCGAAAUCCUCUUUGUGAUGGGCCUUGGUGUUUGAGCUUGAAAGCAACCGCCGUCCCUCAAUACUUGAUGAUACAUGAAUUAAACCAGAAUGUAUUAAAUGAAACUCAGGAACCCACUCAAUCUUUAUGUGAGGAACAAGAAAGUGAUAUAGAUAUGGGAUAUAUAUCUAACCAACAAACGUAUAUUUCAUAUUUAUUACUUGUUAUUUAAUUUAGCAUACAAUUUGAAUAAAAUAAUGAAUAAAUCUCUCUCUCUCUCUCCCUCUCUCUCUCUCUUUUCAGCAAAAAGACCCAGAAAAUGUACGCAUAGUAUCAAACGUGCGACCUGUCAGAGGGAGAAAGAAGAAAAUACAUCUUCUCGUUGGUACUAUGCUAAGGGCCAUGAGCGAGAUCCUCUUUGUGCUAGGCCUUGGUGUUUGAGUGUAAGUUUGGGUUGUUGUUGUUUGUUUUUUUUUAUUUUGUUUUUUAUUUUCUGUAACCAUGGAUGAAAGCAACCACUGUCCCGCAAUACUUGAUGUGAUGAUACAAGAAUUAAACCAGAAUGUAUUAAAUGAAACUCGAGAACCCGCUCAGUCUUUAUGAGAAGCACAACAAGAUGUAGAAAUCACUGACCCACUCACAGACAUCAAUAUGGCUAUCGCAGCUCUUGAUCAUUCUCAAAGCAUUUUAAACACCAUAAAUCAAUGUCAAGACUUGUUAAAUCAAAUACCCUUGUCCUCUUCAAACAGCAUAACCACGCAGUACGACUCUUUAAUCAGAGAACAAAGCCCCGUCAUUUCUUUUAUCCCUGACCCAUUCUCAGAUAUUGAUUUUGCUAUCACCGAACUUAAUCAUACGCAAGCUGUUUUAAAUACGAUAAGCCAAUGUCAAGAUUUGUUAAAUCAAAUACCCGCCAAAUCCUCGAUCUCAAACGACACACAUUUCAAAACCGAGACCCGACUUGAUAAUAAUCAAAGUGCCCAAAAUCAAACGAGCGUCUUUAACGCCAUAGACCAUGCUCUAAAUCAUUUAGAAAAUGUACAACGUGCAAUGUCCGACCGUCAAAAUCAACAGCGAGGGGGUAAUGUAGAGGAUGUUCAUUCAGAAAAUUUAGAACAUCAACAUACAAUGCAGCAAGAAAACUCGCCUCAAAAUUCACCCUCGUCGAGGGUGGUGACGCGACCUAGAUUUAACAACGUUGAAUCCAGCCAUCCGCUCAACGUCAACAUUACAGAACUACAUCAAGGUACGGCGGAUUUUGGUGAAUUUUAUGUCAGGGUGUUUACAGAGAUGGCGCAAGCGGUGACGAACGUCAUUUCACAAGUCGAACGACAAGAUUUGGUGCAGCUUGAGUUGAGAGGCAAUACUCUGCCUCAAGGUGCGUCCUCCGUCGUGAGCGGAGAGGAGUUUGAUUUAACUCACUUACAGUCUUUCCUAGACCGAAUUGUGCAAUCUAACACAGCCGUUAAAACUGACGGUAAUUUGGUAUUCACCGUCCAACUCGUCAAAAACCCCCGAGGCGGCGGUCGAAGAAGACUCUUGUCUAAUACCUUAGACGGCGAGAUUAUUAAAAAAAAGCGACGGUCUCUGCGGGUCGUAAUCAACGGCCACGACAACCAACUUUCUUUUGCAAUUAAUCUGGCUCACCUGCUUUACCCCGAUAUUGUCGAUAGCGAAGCGUUUGCGCUCGGCAGAGACAUUCAAAGUAAGGCGGGUUUGAACGAUCAGACUGCAGUAACGUUCGGCGAUAUAGCGAAAUUUGAAAAAGUCUCAAACUGCAAAAUUGUAGUGUUCUACAGAACCGACGACGCUUGAACGCUCUCUAAAUUUGCAACCGAUUCACCGAGAAGACAAAAGACAGUGUUUAUGUUUCUGUUUGAAAAACACUACUACGGCAUAACGAGCCUGAAAUCUUUCCUAGGCUCACUGUACGUGUGCGAGUAUUGCUACACGGGGUACACCUCUGUCGUGUGUCACUAUUGCGAGGGUCAUUGCUCCGUUUGCUCGGACCCCUCCUGUAGCGAGCAAGAGCUCCGACCUGUAGUUUGCGUCGACUGUAACAGAACGUGCCAUUCCGUGUCGUGUUUAGCCAAACACAAAGAGCAGUAAUUGCGAGCUGAUUAAAAGAUGCAAAAAAUGCGACAUGCUAUACUACAUCGCUAUGAACGGUAACGGUAAACAACACGCGUGUCCAAAAGUUAAAUGUAAAAUCUGCGGCGUAACCGUAGAAAAAGACGAGAGCGAGGAGCACCUGUGUUACAUACAGCGUUUACCCGUCGAGACAAAACAUACAGAGAAAUUUCUGGCAACAAUUAAAUCGUAGGCAACUGGACUUUGAUUUUGUCUAGAAGACGUUUC